AUGUCCUCUAUUCAUCUUACAAGAUUAAACCCACCUCCUUCCUCCGCUUCAGAUAUUCUCUUCCUUGGCUUCAAUCAGGAUUUUAGUUGUAUGGCUGCUGGUGUAUCCAACGGCUUUCGUAUUUAUAAUUGCGAUCCGUACAAGGAAACCUUCAAAAGAGAGUUCUCUGGAUCUAUCGGUAUGGUAGAAAUGCUCUUCCGUUGUAAUAUCUUGGCUCUUGUUGGUGGAGGAAAUGAUCCAGCCUUCAAUAAGAACAAGGUCAUUCUCUGGGACGACAAUCAAUCAGCACCAAUUGGAGAACUCACAUUUAAAUCCGAAGUUAAGGCUGUCAAGCUGCGACGCGACAAGAUUGUUGUUGUGUUGGACAAGUAUGUGUACGUGUACAACUUUGACAAGUUGGAAAGAAUUAGAAAAUUCGAGACGUACAAGAACCCAAAGGGACUUGUUGCUUUGAGCCCAUCUGAUGAUUGUGUUCUUGCCUUCCCAAAUACAACCAAAGGUUCUGUUCGUGUGGAAUUACUCGAUCAAGACAGCUCCAUUCACAUUCCAGCUCACGAUGGUGCCAUCAAUUGUCUAGCUUUGAAUUCUGACGGUACAAGACUUGCCACUGCCUCCGAAAAGGGUACCUUGAUUCGUAUUUUCGAUACACACAAGGGAACCAAAUUACAAGAGGUCAGAAGAGGAGCUGACAAGGCUGACAUUUAUGGCAUUGCAUUCUCACCAGACUCUCAAUUCUUUUGUGCUUCUUCUGACAAGGGCACCAUCCACAUCUUUGCCAACAAUACAGGAAGCAACAACCCUGCAUCAUCCUCUUCACAAAACAACAACAACCAAUCCUCUUCAUCAUCCACAUCCAUUGCCACCAACAAUAGUCUUCCACCCACUACUGGCACUUCCCCAGACCAAAUCACAAACCGAAAAUCCAAAAUGUCAUUCUUUGGUGGAUACUUUGGUUCGGAGUGGUCUCAUUCGUGGUACAAGGGACCUGAGUGUCCUUCCAUUGUGUGCUUUGGCCAAGAUAGUCGCUCUGUAAUUGUUUUCACAGCUGAAGGUUCAUAUAUUAAGCUUGUAUUCGAUCCAAAGAAGGGAGGAGAAUGUCAAAGAAAGUCGUUUGCUCGUUUUGCCAAACCAAACAAGCACUAA